AUGACUACCUCCAUCACAACUGUCAAAGAAAAUGAAGGCUUGAGGGAAAAGAGGAUAAUUGCACCACUGCGGUUUGGUCUAGUUCAACCAAAUUUAUAUCGUGGAAGCUACCCCCAACCUCAUAGUGUCGAGUUUCUUAAACGGCUAGGUUUGAAGAGUAUCGUUUCGUUGACACCAGAACCUUUGCAAAUCCCAGAAGUUAUUCAAUUUGCAAAUGAAAAUUCUAUCAAGUUGAUUCAUAUCGAAUGUGGAGAGGCUAAGUCAAAGUCUAAAAAGAAAAGAGGUGUCCCGGUCCAACAUGAUGUAGCACAGCAAGCUGUCGAGCUCAUGAUCAACGCUGACGUAGCUCCAAUGUAUAUACAUUGUCUGAAUGGAUCUCAAGUUACUUGUCUGGUCAUUGCAUGUCUUCGUAAACUUAGUUUCUGGUCCAUGGCAUCCAUUGCAGAGGAAUUUUUACGAUACUCUGAGCUAGAAGCUGCGGAUGAGGGCUUUAUAGAAAAGUUCCGGGCAGAGAUUUCCGUGCCACCAUCCACGGUUCCGUGGAUGUGGAAGGGAUUAUCAAAAACAGGUGUUGUUCGUAAUCAUCCAACUUUAAAGAUCAGUGAAACCCCAAAAGAGCAAAAAGAGUACAAAGAAGCGAAUGAAGCUCCAGAAUCAAGUGAGCCAGUUCAAUGA